UGUGUAGUCCACGCGCUGAAAGUCUGUUAGAGCGCGCUGCAGAGCAGGAGGAGCUGAGCGAGCGGAGCUGCGUGUUCUCCUCAUAGAGCUGCGUCCUCACUACUGCUCCUCUGAGACCGCGCGGACACACCGACGACAACACUCAGCAGCACGGCGGUGUUUUCACUCCUCCUAAAUUACUUUGUUUUCGAAGGUGCACGAAGAAGGCAACAAGAAGCUUGAACCAACACAUAUGAGGAUUGGCUGUUGUGACAGUUCUCAGCUGCUCCGCGUUGGAGCGAAUAGGCGCGCGCCUGGUUUCUUCUCCUCCACCUGCACUUGUAUGAGUCCAAGACUCGGUUAGCUACCGUCGACAUGAGAGCUCAAAUAGAGGUCAUUCCCUGCAAAAUCUGUGGGGACAAAUCAUCAGGGAUUCACUAUGGUGUCAUUACCUGUGAAGGCUGCAAGGGUUUCUUCAGACGUAGCCAGCAGAACAAUGCUAUGUACUCCUGCUCACGUCAGAGAAACUGUCUCAUUGACCGGACCAACCGUAACCGCUGUCAGCACUGCAGGUUGCAGAAGUGUCUUGCUCUGGGCAUGAGCCGUGAUGCCGUGAAGUUUGGUCGAAUGUCCAAAAAACAGCGUGACAGCCUGUAUGCAGAGGUCCAGAAGCACCAGCAGUCCCAGGAGUGUGCAGGCAGUGGCGCCCGCGAGGAGAAUGGCGACAUGGCCGACCUCAACUGCCCCUACAGAAGAGGCUCCAGCACUGCUCUCAGUGAUCUGGACGACAUCAACACGCUGCAAGGAGACCUACUUUUUGACCUGCCAUUGACCCCAAAGGAUGGAUGCAGCGACUACUAUAACCUGGACAUGCUGGGUGGCAGUGCAGGCAGCAGUUCAUCCUCUCAGAGUUCACCAGAACAGACCAAUUUUGACUUUGUAGAUGGCAACCUCGGCAUUAAGCAUGAAUACCAGCUGUUGCAUGACUCUGGACUCUUCUCACACGCUAUCCUCAACCCGCUGCCCGGGGGCUGCUCCCUGCUUGAGAUUGAGCGUAUAACUCAGAGUGUGGUCAAGUCCCAUAUCGAGACAAGCCAGUACAGCACAGAGGAGCUGAAGAGAAUGGCGUGGACCUUGUAUAACCCAGAAGAGACACGCUCAUAUCAGACCAAGUCAGCUGAGGUGAUGUGGCAACAAUGUGCCAUUCACAUCACCAAUGCAAUCCAGUACGUUGUGGAGUUUGCCAAGCGCAUCUCUGGCUUCAUGGACCUGUGUCAGAACGAUCAGAUUAUCCUCCUCAAAGCAGGCUGCAUGGAUGUUCUUCUGAUCCGCAUGUGUCGGGCCUACAACCCCAUCAAUAACACAUUGCUCUUCGAUGGAAAGUUUGCUACUCCUCAGUUUUUCAAAGCUCUCGGCUGUGAUGACCUCGUGAAUGCAGUUUUUGACUUUGCCAAAAGCCUGAGCCGCAUACAGAUGUCUGAGGAGGAUAUGGCUCUCUUCAGUGCUGCUGUGUUGCUUUCACCAGACCGACCCUGGCUUACAGAUGUCCUGAAGAUACAGAAGUUGCAGGACAAAGUCUACGUGGCUCUGCAGCGCUGUUUACAAAAACAGGGAGCAUCAGAAGAGAAGCUAGCGAAGAUGGUGUCCAAGCUCCCCAUAAUGAAGUCAAUUUGCAACCUCCACAUCGACAAACUGCAGUUUUUCCGCCUAGUGCACCCUGAGACAGCAUACACGUUUCCUCCUCUGUACAGGGAGGUGUUUGGCAGUGAAAUCACCUUCCCAGACUCUACGGAGGGUUAGAGCUGUUCAGCUUCGUAGCUUGAUUCAAAUAGAAACACUGAGGUUUAGGGAGGGGGGAGAUUUAAAAAAUGUGGCAACCAGCUGAGACAAAAUCAAACCAGCAGCUCAAUGACAAUCCGGCACGCUACACUUGAGGACACACUCCUCUCACCUCUUAACUGGAGUAGCUUACACUGCCCAGCAAGCCAGUCCCUUCAGUUUCGACGCAACACUACAGGAACUGCCGCUGGCUACUCAGUGCAUGUUACCUCUUUUUUAGGGAGUUAAAGGAAAUAAUUAAAUAGUAGCCUAUAAUUUGUAUUCUCAAAACUAUUUUUCUAUCUAGGAGACCUUAAACCUCUUGUCAAGUUGAAUUCCUUUGUAAUAUAAAUUUGACUUCUAUUCUCACAGUUCUUGUAAGCUAUUUUUGAAUGUACCCCCUGUCCCCUUUACCGCUCAGCACAGCCCUAGGCUUGACGUAGAAUGUACAUACUUAAAAUCCUCACCCUAUUUGUGGGAGUUUUGCAGUAACAAUGCUUGUUUCAGUCGUCAGUCUCUAUUACAGUCAGUCUUUAUUACUUCAUUCAAUAUUUUUUCGGUAGUGCCCAUAUUUUUGCAGUUUUGUAACGUAUAAACAAACUGUUUAAAGGGACCAUGAUCAAACUCAUAGCGUUUUUUUAACUGUGUGAAUUGCGGGCAAACCUCUAGUGUCUGCCGCCAUGCACCUACAAACGCUUGCACACAGAGCGCAAAAAAGAGCACUUAUGAUGAUCUUUGUUGGUAUUUCUACGAGCACACCCUUCAGACACUGAUGUGAGCUCUUUAUUUUUUUAAUGCAAUCAAUGACCUCAGUCCUUAUACCUUUUCCCUUUGAAAAUGCCACUUAGAGAAUGAGAGCGAAAGAAAAGCAGAGGUAUUGUCAAAGUAUUUUCAGAUGUUCCAGUUUUUAUAUAUAUAUAUAUAUAUAUAUAUAUAUAUAUAUAUAUGUAUAUGUAUAAACACUAAUAUAAUCAUGUAAGAUAAGAGCAGUGGUGAUUUCACCCAGAGGACAGGAGAAUGUGCUUGUGCUCAGGUCUCUCAAACAGAUACUGCCUGCCCUUACAUUGGGGUUCUGGGGAUGGAACGAUUGUUGUCACUGAGAAGAAAAUCUAGUAUUAUGGAUAAUUAAAGCACUUAUGAGUCCAUGGUAGAAUCCUGAAUGAACUCUUGGGGCAAAAUUCUUUCGUGUUCAAAGCUGUUCAAAUAAGGUGCUGGGCAGCCAACCACUGCGGUGCUGUGGAGUUGUCGCAGCUCAGCCCCUCUCCGCAGAGGAAUGGUCGCCAAAACUUCUCGAUACCAGCAGGGUAAAAAAAGAAUGUGGGAGUGCUGGGGGAAAAAAGGGUUUGAUGUUGCAAUGUGACGGUUACAUUCACCUACACGGUUGAAUAAGGGGCAAAGAAUAGAGAGUGGGCUGUCGGGUGUUAUUUUAAGCUCCUUGGACGAGAGUGAGAGGGGAUUUACUGUCUGUCUCACUCUCAACUCUCACUGCUGCUGGGUCGGGCAGAUUGUGCUGCUGCAGGCGGCCGAGAUUUUCUGAUUGGAGAAAUAAAUCCUCUACUCCUUAUUCCCUACUCCCUGACUACCUCACCCUUUUAAAACACUACACGGCACAGGAAAGUGUUGACAGAGUCAUCAGCUACCCCCCUGAGUUAGUACCUCUGCAUUCGUACUAGAGAGCUUCUUUAAAAAUUAACAUUUAGUGGUGAAUUUUGAAGGCCAGUGAUGACUAAAUGAUCAUAAAAUAUGUCAUUUUGCUUUUAAAAACUGGACAGAAGACAAAGUCAGACUAAAACGCUGGAUCUAUUUACACCGCUGACAAUUUCUGUAAUUUUAGAGCAGUUCAAAUCUUUAAAUCCAGGAAACACGUAGAUACAGAAGUGACGUCUCUGGAUGAGGGUGUGUACAGAUGAGACGUCUGGUGGACACAUUAUGUUUUGUAAAACUACAUUGUACUGCCAGAGUACUAAAGACACUAUGAGAAAAGAAUUGAUUUAAUCUGAGAAAACACUGCUGUUAAUCCACUUUUAAGACAAUCACCGUGACCGAUGUUGGAUGUUUAGCUUUAUUUAAUAUUUCUGCCAGGUUUGCUUUGCACUGCUGGGACAGUGCUUUUCACCACACAUCAAGUUAUCUCACAGAGCAUGAAGGGGUAUUCAUCUUUAUUUUUUACUGGGUACAUAAGACAGUGGCAUGGUGGGAUUGUGCAAUAAUGUCUUUCCCAUUGUUCUAAGUGUGAUGGGGCGUUGUUUCCAUGUAUGACGGUUAAUAUUUUCAUAAGCACUCCAGCACAGUCAACCUCACAGAAUUUAGAGUAUAACGUACCAAAUACACAGCCAGCUUCUUCGCAGGUCUAGAUGACACUCAACAGUGUGACAAAGUGCAAUACUUUGUGUUAAGUCAGAAAAUGUUAGAUAUGCUGAUUUCUAAAGACUCAGUGUACUUAAUAGUUAUUUUUUCUGCAGGCCUAAGAUCUGUCCAGGGGGCAGUAAUGAAAAUCUGCAAUACAUUUGCGUUUUAGAUUUACUCAGGGAGAUAGCUGGGCUCUCUGUCCUAAAGUGUCUGCUGUUCGUCUAUAGCAAGACACCUCGCACCAACAUAGAAGACCUUAAAACCUUGAUCACUGUGUACAGUACCUGUUCUUGUGAAUGUUUUAUUACAGAAGUAUCAAAGAUGUUACCCCUGUCUAAUAUCAUUAUUGCAAAACUUUUUUUUGAGUCAUAGAUGAAAUAGGAUAUUAAGAAAAGUAAAUAUAAAAGAUGGAUUAUAAUCUCUGAAUUUUGUGUUGGUUUUGUUGUGAUAUUUUUUGUUUCUUAAUUGUAUCCUUGUAUGUACUGCUUGUUUUGUUUUAUUUUUGUUCCUCAUCAUUUUAGUGUCCUUGUCUUGGAGAGAUGUAAUUCUAUUUUUUUAAAGAUGUCUCUCUAAAAAAUGUUCUUUUGACAUGAUCCUUCUGUUUGUUAUUUUCACUCUAUGUUAAGAUUAUUAUUAUUAAAUCAAUAUAGAUUUUAAUAAGAAAUAAUUUAUAUGUCAUGGAUAUAAAGCCCAAGAGGUUUUAACACAGUUGCGUGUUAUUGCACAAUGGUGAUUCAA